AUGAAUGAUUUUGGAAAAUGCGGUGAACUGUGUGUAUAUUUAAACGGAGCGUUGGAGGAGUUUUGGAAGAGUAUGAAUUCUAUACCUAUUAAUUCGCGAGAAUUACCCAGAAAAAAUUGUGCAGAUUACUUCUAAAAUCUGUUUCUUUUUGUACACAUAUUUUGCAGCUACAGAGGCAACUUCUGGGAAAGCCUGCCCUAAUUCUACAGAUCCAAUCACAGAAAACAGAUCCGGAGAGGACGCAAGAUUAUUUUACAAUAGAUCAAUUCGUGAGAAUGUGGAAGAUUUUCGUGUCUAUCGCGCAUACGCACAUUCGUCCUUAUUUGCCUUCAUGAACCGAUAUGAAUCAGAAGGCACUUGUUCCGGCCCAUUGAUGGAGAUUUGUCUGAAGGAGAAGAUAGAAUUUAGGAAGUGGAACCAAACCCAUUUGAUGAUAAAAAUUUUCGAUGUCACUGUAAACGAUAGUGGACUAUACGAAGUUUCGGCAAGGUUCAGAGGGUUGCAAUCAGACGAGUGGACAAUGAAGUGUUUACACGUAAUACAUCUGGAGAAAAAAGGUAAGGAAUGCAUGGAUAUCAAGUCGAUUAGUAUUUUUUAUGUGGGUACACGUUUAUACUUUCCAGCGACCGAAGCUCGUUAGAGAACACUGAAAUUGUUGAAGUUGCGCAUACCUUUCUCUCUUCUGAAUUAAAUCAAUGUCUAUAUAUCAUCAUGCACCAUCAACCACAGUCAACUCAAGACUACAGUACCACUACAAUGAAGAGUUCUGAUAAGCUCUCCUCUUCCUUGCCUCUCUCCGUUUUUAAUAUUUUCAUUUCAUUUACUUGGAUAUCUAUCUCGUUUACCUCAAUACUCAGAGUGAAUAUUGUAUCUUGUACUCAGGACCACGGUCCACUCAGAACUACAGCGCCACUACAAUUAAGAGCUAUGGUAAGCUGUUCUGCCCUUGCCUUUUUCCGUUUCCAUUUUGUAAAUUCGUUCACCUGAAUAUCUAUCUCGUUGACCUCGAUACUCAGAGUGAAUAUUGUAUCUUGUACUCAGGACCACGAUCAACUCAGAACUACAACACUACUAUAAUUAAUAGCUCUGGUAAGCUGUUCUGUUCCUACCUUUUACCGCUUUCUCUCUCUAAGAGUAAAUAUUGUGUUUAUUACUCAGGACCACAGUCAACUCAAGACUACAGUACCACUACAAUGAAGAGUUCUGGUAAGCUCUUCUUUUCCUUGCCUUUCUCCGUUUUUAACAUUUUCAUUUUAUUUACUUAAAUAUCUAUCUUGUUGUCCUCAAUACUCAGUGUGAAUAUUGUAUCUUGUACUCAGGACCACAGUCAACUCAGGACUACAGCACCACUACAAUAAAGAGCUCUGGUAAACUUUUUAAUUUAUUUACCUGAAUAUCUAUCUUGGAAAGAUUUUUGAGAGACUGUUGUACAAUUAGGAAGUAGACAUAGCUUUUAAAUAAAUGGCAGAACCGAGAAGUUUUGAUAUAAACUAUAGAGUACUUAGGUAUAUCAGUCUGUUGAUUGACCCUCUCAGUUUUAAGUAUAUGGAUCACUGUUGCUAUAUGCGCCACAUAUCCCAAAUACAUCUAUAGAAUACUUCAUAGAAAGUCUGUCCGUAUGCUAGUUAUGCACGAGUUAGUGGUAUCGGAAAUCGACCAAAUGAGGCAGCGAACGAGUAGGGAGAUUUAAUUUUUCUUUAAUGACAUUCUAUUCAGUGUUAAAAAGAUUCAAAUCAAAGGCUCAUUAAAACAUCAUGAAAGAUGUAAACCAUAUAAAUUGCCUAACUGAUAGAAAUGAUGCAACAGUGCCGACUGCAGGUGAAAAUAUAAAAAAUACCUCUCUUACGUGAAACAUGACAUAUUUUAAAAGCUUGAGGAUUCAUGAUCUUCUCCGACUUUUUGUCGAACAGAUCGCCGAAAGAUACCCAUUGAACUCGAUUUCCUCGCUCUUUUUGUCGCAAAAAUUAUUUGAACAUGCACAAUUUCAAUUCUCGGUUUGUUUUCCCUUUUGUGUUUUUGUUCUGUAUGCUUUCUAUUGCAAAGAAUCCACCACAAAAGUUUGAUAAGUGACAGAUCUUUCCUCAGUCAUCUUUUGUAAGUAAUUCGACUUGAUAUAAAGCCCUGAGAGAGGACUUUCAUAAUUUUCCGAACGGUGUGAAAAGCGGAUCGCUGCAAGUGACGGUUAAACGAGAAACGCCUUGAUACAGUCUACACGUGAAAAACAUGAUAGGCGACUCCUGAUUGGCUGUAUCGUUUUCCUCACACGACAAAGAAUGUGAUACGCGCCAUUUCAUUGGCUCUUGCUUCUUCGACUAGCUUGAGAAUGAAAAUUUAUUUCCCGCCUUUUCAGUAUGUUUAUAAUAAAUAAAUAAAUACAUAUUAGGUACUCAGCCUUUGAUAAUCGUUUGGGUCCUAAAUGUCAUUAAACAGAGCCCAAGGUAUCGAUGGCGCCAACCAGCAGCGGCGGCAAAAAACGUAAUAACUUUACAUGGAUAACUGUAUCUGUAGUCCUUGGCACCAUUUUUGGCCUACUGUUGCUUGCACUCAUCCUGAAAGGAAGAAGAACAAUAUGUUUCCGCCAGACCUUGCCCAACGAUCGCCCUCUGCUUAAACCGAAAGAAACAGUCUCAACAGCUGCAAUAACAAACCCUCAGUUUUCUCAUCAAGUAAGACAAGAUAACACUUUGCGUGGUGGAAAAGGAGUUCAACACUGCGCAAACAUUGAGGUUGUUGACCAAUCAAGUGGCCGCACUCCUCUUCUGGCAACUCCUCAGGGAGAGCAAAGUCAUCAGUAUGAGAGAUGCUCAGCAGCUCCCUACAAGAUCCCAAGACCUGCAAAUCCAUCUUUAGCUUCUGAUUCUAGGGGAAGCAUUGAACUGGAACAUCUGCACAACAACUUCUGCUCCCAAGUCGAUAAUUGCUCCACUGCCCCCUAUAAGGCUCCAAGAAAUCUAAAUUCAUCAUUACCUUCUAAUUUCAAGGGCGAGUCACCAUACACGCCAGUACAGAGUAGCAACGACUUGGAAGUGCCCUGCGAAAGCUUGAAACUGCUUGAAAAAAUCGGCGAAGGAGAGUUUGGUCAGGUGUGGAAGGGUGAGGCAAAGGAUGUGGGUCAUACUCAAGGUUGGUCAGAAGUGGCAGUUAAAAUGUUGAAAGGUAGGGAUGACUGUCAAGGUAUUCAAAUAUUGGUGUAAACGUCAGCGUGUUUCCAACGAGAUACAAAGUACGAGGAAAACCCAACGACGCGAAAGAGUUGCUUGAAUUCUAAUCAGAAGCAAUUCUAAUUACGUGAAUGCUCUCAAAAUCUUUUACUUUUUAAUUCCUGACGCAUUAGACAAUUUUUCUGGUAUUUUCAUGGUAAUGACUUAGAUGCCACAUAGAGAGAAGAUCCCUGUUCUUUACACACCUAUUAUGCAAAUUCCAUCCUCAUUAUUUCUGUCAAACUUGUGUUACCAUUUAAGACCAAUGAAGCAAGUGUUCAUUAAAACUGUUUAGCUGCGUCUAUUUGUCAGUAAAACACUUCUUAAAGUGAAUUUAUUAUAAAGUGCGUCUCGGUCGUAAGAGAGACGGUAAAUGAAUUUUUUUAUUCGUGCGAGAGGGAUAAGUAGUGAAAGCGUAACGAAAAUUGCUUUAGAAAGAGGAAUUGUAACCACGUUACGGGAAAGAAUGGGUAAAUUAUAAUGUGUUUAGAAAUACACCUUGACAUAUAUAUAUCCUAUUUAUGACCUUUGUUGUAGAAGAAUCCUCCCUGUUGGACUCGCGGGAUUUGUGGUAUGAGCUGAACUUGCUGAAAAAACUUCAAGCUGUACCUCAUCCUAACGUAGUACAACUGUUGGGCUGUUUGACAAAAGAUAUCUUCCAAUGCGAAGGACGCGAAUUUAGUAUGUUUGGCCUAUUUCAUAGUAAAUAUCAAAUCUUGUGAAAAGUGAAGGGUAGGUCUGUCUCUUUAGUAUAAAAAUGGACUAAAUGCAUCAUCAAUUUUAAUGUUUAAUUUAUUUUAACUAUUCAUCCACUUACAGUCGCAUCCUUCUGCGGGAAUUCAAGCCUUUGACUGCUAUAAUCCAAAAUUUCUCUCAUCAGCUUAAUGAAGUUCUUUCGAUUAUUGCGGUCACAGCGCUCUCUGACUGUGUCUGUUUUGGACUGUUGUUGAAUUGACCUUCAUUAUAAGCUAAUGUCUGUAUAUGUUUAGAGCCUCCUCUUCUUAUCCUGGAGUUUGUCCCACAUGGCGAUCUCCUUGGAUAUCUUAAGAAAAGUAAAGGAGAGACAGACGACUUCCCACGGAAAAUAUCAACAAAACAACUUUACAAAUUCGCAUGCGAUAUUGCAAGAGGAAUGGCGUUUAUAUCAGCUCAAAAGGUGUGCUAUUUAAAUUGAUUUUAUCCAUUUUUAGUCGCAAUAAAGUGAUACAUACAUGUACAUGCACUCUUUUUCACACGUCUUUUGGACUUUACGGUUUCAGCUCUAAUGCUAUUAAACAGCUUAUUUCUUUAUGAUUGCAUAGAGACAAAAAAAAUACAUAAGAUGAAGGAGACAUUAGGAUAUUACUAAGUAACUACAAAUGUAGGAGAAGUCUCCCAGUUACCAUCUCGUCUGAAGUCACUUCGCCUCCAAGAUGAAUGCCUCCUCCAAACGGGUGAACAAGUUGUCCCAUAUUAUAUUGACUGAGGUCGAUGGUUACUUAUCGCUUAUCGCGAUGCCACCGCCAUUUGAGCCUUCAUCGCAGUCAAAAGUGAUGAUUUUCUUUGUUUGAUACUUUUUCUGAUUUUUGUUUGAAUUGUGAUAAAUUUCGAGGCCUUUCUUUUCUCCUCAUCAUGUUGAUCAACCUGUAAUUGUUAAUUUACAGUUUAAUAUUAAAUAUAUCAUUAGCUCUAUUUUUGUACGUACACUUAGCACACAUAGUUAAUCGUAUAUCUAUAGUAUGAUUUUAGAUAGAGGACCACAAGUUUAUUUCUAAUUUUUAUUAAGUAUUCAGUGCCACCCUCUUUAGUUUAAGUAUAUAAUUACUGAUUAAUAUAAUUCGUACGAGUCGUUGAUACUUUUUCACUCUUACGGAUCUUCUCCAAACAUGGUUAAACCAUGAAGUGGUAAUGGGUGACAUCACCAGUUCCCAACAUCGGCAAUGAAAAGAACGUGUGUUUGUAAAUAUAAAAAUGUGAAAUUUGAAACUUAAUUAAAUAACCGGCCUUGACACAAGCAAUGUCAUUCUCCAAUGAGGCUAUCAGAAGGGUGACAGAGUAUUCAUCAAGCUGUACAUUCACUCCUAGUUUAUUCAUCGGGAUUUAGCGGCGAGGAACAUUUUGGUUGGAGAAGGUCUUCGCUGUAAAAUUACUGACUUAGGAAUGACAAGACACGGAGGCGAGGCGCAAAUUUAUGUCAGAAAAUCGAAG